AUGAUAGCACAGCAGCAGCUUGAGACCGGGCCCGCCCUGACAUUCAGGCUCAUUGCAGUAAAUAAAGGCUUUCAACACACAAAUUGGCCCUCAGUCUGUCUGGAUGUCUACAGACCUGCUUUACUGCUAUUUAAACAUAGCUACAGGCUCUGACUGACUCUGGUUCAGGUGUGUGUGUGUGUGUGUGUUGGAAAAAUCCCAAAAUAACUGAAACAUUGUCAAGUAGCACUUGCUCGAUAAAGAUGUCAAACUUAGUUGUUCAUUUCAUCCUUUUGUACAGAUUCCGUACUUUACUGUACUUAUCCCCUUCUCUCCACCCACGACUCCAUUUCACAAGGACUGUUGUCCUGAAUCUAAACCACAACUGAUGGCCAACAGCUGGAGGUGGAUGGAAGGGUUAACUCAUGUUUGAGUGGAGACUGGCUCUGUGUGGUGUUUGACCAUGUUUGAGGUGUUUCUAGUCUGUCUGUGAAAGCAAAGCAGCACGUCUAGUGUUGCAGUCAGCCUAGUUGUCCCAGGCUGCGUCGCUAAUGGCACCUUAUUCCCUAUUCCCUGCAUACUGUACUACUUUUGCCCAGAGCGCUAUGGGUCCUGGUCAAAAGUAGUGCACUAAAUAGGGAAUAGGGUGACAUUUGGGAUGCAGGCCAACUGAACCUAUAACCCCCCUUCUUGUCAUGUAGGUCAGGCUUUAGGGGGAUUAGAUUUUACCACCACUCUGAAAUCAGAGCCCUCUUUUGUCAGAGCAGAGGAAGAAGUAAAUUGCUUUAGAAUAGAUUUUAUCAACAGCCAUCAAUCAGCGGGGCGAAAGACAUCUCAGUCACACACACACACACACACACACACACACACACACACACACACACACACACACACACAGACACUUCUCAAAACACCGGAUUAGGUGACACUCUCCAAAUAGCCAGCUCAAUUAACCAAUCAGGUGCUUAGGUCUAAACAGGCCCCUCCAGCCCCGAGGGGAAAUCCCGCCCCCGUGUUGGGGGGCCUGGAAUCACCUCUUUGACCUCAUCUGUCAGUCAUAGAGAGGGGGGAGUGGACAGCAGGGCUAGAAUCUCUCAGAGGUAAAAGUAACGGCUGUAAUGGUACACCUCACAGACACACUCCCCACAUCCUGCUCCUGCACCUCUUGGUAGGGUUAGCUCCCAUGACUCUCUGAUAUCAAUCUGCACACCGACUGAUAGGAGUGUUGGCGUCACUGAUACUGUGUCAACACAACGACACUCUUCUGGGAUUACCUCAACACGAGACGUUCUGCUAAAAAAGUAAUUACAGUGUCCUUAUAAUGUGGCUAAAGAAGAACAAAUCAUACAAUGGAAUACAAGAAAUACCUUUUUUCUAUAAAUUAAUAACAGUGGCUGACACCUUCCUUUAAUGAUGUGCAGGCGUUUGAAAAGAUACUCAAGGCCAUCGUAACCUUGUAAUUCCAUUCAACAGUCAGGUAAUGAUCUGUCGGCUAGAGGUGAUGCUUGGCAAACCAAAAUCAAGAAGUCGUAUCUCAUAAUAGCCACUAAUCUGUACAUACAGAAAUUGCUUCACUCGUGGCCGUACCAGGGUUUUUUCUGCAUAGAAAAGUAUUGGGCGGGCCGUGUAAGUGUUUUUUUGGCCCGACAAAGUGUUUUUUCAGUCUGCCUAUGUCCAAACAGUAAAAAUAAAUAAAUAUAUAUAGUAAAGAAAAUGUUUCCAGUGUAAACUUAAAUGACUAAAACCAGAAGUAAUAUGUAGAAAAGAUAAUGGACCUACGUAUUUUUAAAUAACAUAAUCUUUAAGAACUAACUAUCACCAAAAUAAAAGCUAGACAGUCAGGGAGAAUCUAAAAUGCUUUUGUUAUUUUUGUUGUAAUGUUUGAGUCACUCAGAUAGCAGCCAUGGCAAAAUGUGUAGAAUUGCAGGAAAUUAGCUUUAAAACAGCAUAUGUCACUGCAGCCAACAGGAGGGCCUCUAAAAUAUUCAGUCGGCGACUGCACUAUUGACCAGGCCCAUGCCCCUUGUCACACCCACCACCUAAGCCCCAUUUUGAUCCAGAAAAAACCCUGUGUACGUUGUACUUCUUUAUUUCUCUUUGUCCUUUUCCUUUGAUAGUAUUUAAUGCACCGGUAAUUGAAAUGCCCUUUGAGAAAUUAUUGGAAGUUGACUUUCUUUUACAAGAUAAGCUGUGUGAAACACGUGCCGUGCUAUGAGUUAUUUCAGUUUUAUUCAGCUCCUAUCUCAAUUUAACCGAACCGCUUAAAAGAAUGUCUUAGAGACUAAAGGGGGCCUUUUGUACAUGUAACUCUAUGAUUCCACCCUAUUUUUUGGGGUGUAUGUAUUCCUCCUCACGGACUCGUCGCCUCCUCCUUAAUACUCCAGUUACAGCGCCUAGACGCUGGGUGUAGUGAUAUAUUUGACCUCAUAUCCUCUGUCACUAGGCUUGUUCCAACAUUGUCCAAAGGAUUAGGUUAGUUGAUGGAACUGAAUACUCAGUCCUCCCUCCCUCCCUCCCUCCCUCCCUCCCUCCCUCCCUCCCUCCCUCCCUCCCUCCCUCCCUCCCUCCCUCCCUCCCUCUCUCCUUUACUCCCCCGGACCCAGUCUGUUGGACAGUCUGAGACUGUGUCCCAAUUGGCUGCCAAUUCCUAUAGGGCGCUGGUCAAAAGUAGUGGACUAUAUAGGGAAUAGGGUGCCAUUUGGGACACAACCUGAGGGUGCCCCUCUGCAGCUGGGUCCACUGAAUAAGGAGUCACCUCAACCCCUCUCUCCCCACCUCACCCCUCUCACCCUCCCCUGUACAAGUGGCCCAUUGUCUCCCCCCUCCUCCUCUCUCCCAUGUCUGCCUGAAAGCUGCUACCUGUUAUUAUGUGGGAGAACAGAGAAAAGGGAAAAAAAGACAGGGAACUUAAUCAAUGGUCUCUUUGUGACAUCUUACCAGCCACCCUCCUCUCCGUUUGGUCGAAAUGCAUAAGGAUGCGGAACGGCGAGCCAGCCGGAGGCCAAUUAAUCUCAGCGCUUGAUAAUCUAAUGAUUACACGCUGGCAGCUCUGACAUCACACCUGAGUGAGUUCUAGAACAGUCAAGCCCCCCACAGACUGGGAAAGACCUGUAGAGCACAUGACGCUUUAGGAAUGUAGUUGUAGAGGUUUAUGAACAGCUAUGUUGGGCAGCAUUGUAAUAUUGUAAUGCAUUAUUACACCAUAGUGAGCUCUAGAGACAUGGGAAGACGUGUAGAGCUCUCAGAAAUGACAUGACAUGUUUUUACUCCAUGAUAAAGAGGCAGAUUAAAUGUUCGGGACUACAAAUAAUAAAGAGAAGUGGAUAACCUACAUUUGCUGAUCUUACUUUCGUACUGGAGAGAAAGUGACAGCAGUGAGCCUACUGUUUGUUUUGUAUUGUACUGACUUCUAAAGGUCAAUGAUACCGUUUGUUCCUGCUUCUUUCUAGAACAGGUCCCUCUUUGUACUGUAUCUGAGCUGUAAUAUUUGAUUAUCCCUCCCUCCUCGUAUUUACUAGUAUUUCAAUUGUUAUGUCACUCUUUGGGCUUGCCCCGCUUCAUGCCUAUUUCUCUCUCCGACUCUUCUCUCCCAUCUCCUUUCCUUCCUUCUGUUCUGUCCCAUGCCUAUCUGACAAAGCUGCUGCGUUGUGUUCUGUUCUUUAAUCCCUCUCUUCUCUCUCGGGUGGAUUAGUAGCAGCGUAUUUGUAAUUGUGACCUCACUGGACUGUAGGGAUAAGGGGAGGGCAGGUAGGAGGCAGGUUAGCAUUAUACUACGAGAGAGAGAGGAGAGAGAGAGAGAGAGAGAGAGAGAGAGAGAGAGAGAGAUAUAGAUCGAGAGAGCGAGAAGAUGAGAGUAGAGGCGAUAGAGAGAGAUCGAGAUCUCUCUCUCUCUCUCUCUUAAGAGAGUCUCUCUCUCUCAUCUCGCCUCCUCUCUCUCUCUCAUCUCUCUCUCUCUCUCAUCUCCCUCCCGCUCUUUCCUUUUUCAGCGUGCCGCUCUCUUGCUUGCUUCGUCCGCGAGUGUCCUGCAUGAGAAUUACUCUCCUACAAUACCGUUUAUGAGUUAGAAGGAUGUGAAUGGGGCUGACUAAGGACAACAGAGAUGUUUUAGGAUAACUUCAGUUCAUUCUACAUCUAUUGAAUGCAUCUGCAUCCCAUCUGCUAUGAGGAAGUAUGUCUGAGUCACUAGGGAGGACCUGAGCGCUGAUCUGAGAUCAGCCACUGUUCAGUAUGAUCCAAAGACCCUGUAUGAGAGGCCGUUCAUCUGUCUCCAUUUUUCUCCAUCUUCCUCACUCUCUUUCUCACCGUCUCUCUUCCUGCCGGCCUGCUGUGGUGCUCCACCAUAGGGAGCUGAAGUGGAAUCUCCCCCUGAAAACAUUAGCCAGAUGAUCUCUCUCUAUCCACCUCUUUCCCUGUCUCUCCAUCGCUCUGUCUCUUUCUGAGGGGUGAAGACAAGAGGAGUGUGCUUGGUUUAACAGAUAGUCUGACGUGUCGGAGAAGACGGGGAGAAAACGGGGUCCGUGCCAGAGCAUAAUGACAGAGAGGCAGAACUCCUACAGGGCCCGGUGAGAAAAGGGUUGUGUGUUUUUACUUCCUUACUGGUGGCCUGGUGAAAGAGACAUGGAGAGUUGAGGAAAUGAUGAUUGUUUCGAUCUGAUGAGCUGAGGAGUGCCUGAGCGUGUUUAAGAGGAGGAGUGCGUAAUGAGGAGAGUGGAAGAGAGACAGAUGGCUUCGUCACACCUCUCUCUCUCUCUCUCUCUCUCUCUCUCUCUCUCUCUCUCUCUCUUCUCUCUCUCUCUCUCUCUCUCUCUCUCCUAUUCUCUCUCUCUCUCUCUCUCGCUCUCUCUCUCUCUCUCUCUCUCUCUCUCGCUCUCUCUCUCUCUCAGACACCAGGUUAUGUAGUACAGAGGUCUUCCAGGCCCCUCAGUGGUUUAAUGAGGACUCUAUGGAGGUAGGAAGUGUUAGGGUAACUUAGUAGGACUGAUUAAAGGGUAAUUCAAUAAGUUGAAGAGUUCAUGUUGAGUUCAUGUUCAUGUUUUUUUUUUUUUUUAGGGGUAGAUCAGCUUUAAAAUUGCAGAUAAAUUGUAACUUCCAUCAAUGUAAUUGUCUGCAUCACUUCCAAUCCCCCAUAUGUUUUUUUUCUUCUUGCAAAUACAUACAUACAUAUAUACAUAUACAUAUCCUUUUUUUUAAAUAUAUUUCCCUUUAUUACUUUCCAACCCUUCCACCCCUUCUCUGUUAAUUAUUUAUGCAUAGUCACUUUAACUCUACCCACAUGUACAUAUUACUUCAACUACCUCAACUAGCCGGUGCCCCCGCACAUUGACUCUGCACCGGUACCCCCCUGUAUAUAUAGCCUCCCUACUGUUAUUUUAUUUUACUUCUGCUCUUUUUUUCUCAACACUUUUUUGUUGUUGUUUUAUUUUACUUUUUUAUUAAAAUAAAUGCACUGUUGGUUAAGGGCUGUAAGUAAGCAUUUAACUGUAAUGUCUGCACCUGUUGUAUUCGGCGCAUGUGGCCAAUAAAAUCUGAUUUGAUUUGAUUUGAUUUAAUUGGAGUAAACUAGUGAACAACAAUGCUUAGGCCUCUACUUCCAGCUUAUACAUACUAUAUACAUUUUAUGGACACAGUCAAUUUUACAAUAAUUAUAUUUUGUUUGUUUUUACUCCUGAACUUCCUCUACCCUCAACCUCUCCGAUCAUUUUCAUGAUGUCCAUCCGGUUUGCUUCUAUAUGCCAUAUCUUUCUAACUGUGCUCUUUCACAAAAGCUCUCAACCUAUAACCUAUAUACUUAAAAUGGACACAGUAUGCUUUACAUUAGUUAUCUUGUUGUUAUUAGCUGCUGUUAGUUGUUAUUAGUCCCAUCCUUCAGCUCCAUUCAACACCUCCCAUCUAUCUCUUAACACCAUCCAUAUUGGAUUUCUAUUUGCCAUAUAUUUUUCAACUGUACUGUGAUGUUUUACAAAAGUUCUCUGACACGUUUAGAUCCAUUGGAGGGAAAACUGGUCAUCUGUGCUUCUAUGUGGGAGUUUAGUUUACAUGUUAUUUUUGUAGAGGAAUUUCGUUUUUGUUGUGUGUCCUUACAAGUGGUUGAGUUUGUUUGGAUGCCUCUGUGUGUGUGUCUGUUUAGAGUUGAUGUUUGUCGGAAUGUUCCUGUGUGGGUGUUUACUUUAGGCCUGUGUGUGUGUGUGUGUGUGUGUGUGUGUGCGCUUACAUGUGUUUCCGUGACUGUAUAUGUCCACAUUCAUUAGCUGGGGGCGGCAGGGUGUGUACAUGUGUUGGUAAGUAGGGUGAAUGAGUGGCCGGGUCAGGCCCUGUGAGGGCUGUGAUUGGGUUAGGAGGAAGUGCUGUGUGUUUGGCUUCAGGGAGGGGAGGGCUGAGUAGUGGAGGGUGAUGGAUCAGAGCUGGAGAAGAAGGAGAAUUAGGCCUGAAUUACACUACCCCACCCUUCCCCUCUAUCAGACUGACUGGUUCCUUUUGGGUCACACACACACACAAACACACGGUCACGUACACACACACACACACACACACACACACACACUCAAACCAUCCUCCACCCCCCUCUCUCCUCCUCCCCCACGCCAUCUGGAAACAACUGGGCUAUUCCCAGCCAUGCCCACAGACCGGGACACCCGGCACGCAUUAGGAGGAGCAGGGGCCAAUUUAUUAGCCCCUCUGCCCCACUCUGGAUCAGGUUUCUAGCCCAGACACAUGGCUCCGUUCCCGGAGAGCACUGAGCACGGGACGCCCUCGCAGGGAAACCCAGGGGCUUGGAGGCUGUCUGGGUGGGGAAGAGGGAAGAUGAGGAGGAGGGAGAAGAGAGUAGGGGAGCAUGGGGGGGUCUUUAACCCUGGGAUAGUGACUCAGAGCAGGGUCUCACAUAUGUAGAACAGCCCCUGGCUCUCAAAUACAAGACACCACUCCCCCUAGUAUGAUGAUUAGUGUGUGUGUGUGUGCGUAUGCAUGUGUGUGUGUGUGUGUGUGCAUGUGUGUGCGCGUACAUGCAUGCAUGUCUGUGUGUGUGUGUGUGUAUGUGUGUGCAUGAGUCCUGUAUGUGUUUUGCAUGGAGAUGGCACAAAGGAAUUGUUAUUGCACCACCGGACCAGUCCGUCCAUUGGAGUGAUGAAGUGAAGGGAGCCGUCAGCUCAUAAGGUUACCAUUGUUCCUGUCUUCUUUUUUCUCCUUAUUUCUCUUGUUCCUCAGAACUUAGAAAGAGAUGAAUGAUGUUUGGGUUCAGUGAUGUGACCAAAUCGCUCCAAAUCACAACCUGCUCAUAUAACUUAGAGGGAGAGAAAACACACGCCAGAGAAAGAGAGGGAGGGGGGAGAGGGAGAACUAGAGGUAGAGGGAGAGAGGCUAAGUAAACAUUUCCAGUAGAAAGCACUCUGACAUGAUUUGCAGCAAGUUAUGAUCUUCUUUGCGUUGGCAGACCAGUGAUGGUUAACAGUCCUGCCUCAUAGCUUCAUAGCCAACAUCUCCUCCCUUUCUCUCUCUCUCUCUCUCUCUCUCUCUCUCUCUCUCUCUCUCUCUCUCUCUCUCUCUCUCUCUCUCUCUCUCUCUCUCUCUCUCUCUCCUCUUCCUCCUCUUCUCUCUCUCUUCUUGCGUCUCUGGCUCUCUCCUCCCUCUCUCUCUCUCUCUCUCUCUCUCACUCUCCCUUCCUCAUUCUCUCCCCCCUUUUCUCCUUCCAUCCCUCACUCACUAAUCCUCCCUCCCUCAUUCCUAUGUUACAUAUCUGGCUCAGGAAGAGACAUAUCUCCAUGACAGAGCGAGAGAGAGAUGAGACAGACGUAUAUCUUACCUCAAUGACCACAUCCUUUCAUCCUUCCAUCCAGACUCUGAAUUGAAUUCACCAUGUCCAGAGUGACACUCAGGUCAUAACCAGCUUCUCAUUUCGCUUUCCAGAUACCUUCUGAUACGGGUCCUUCAGUCAUUUAUUUUACUCUGCACAGUGAAAUGUUUCUAUCUCUUUCCUUACGUCUAUUCCGGAGAGACAUUGCCUGUUGAUAAUGAGAGAUAGGUCUAUACAUCUAUAUUGUAGACUAAUACAAGCGACGCGCUAGUCUCACUAGAGAGAAGAAGGAGUUAGCAUCUAGAAAUAAAUAUCUCUGAGACGACUCUCUAUCGAUCUCUCUCUCUUCUCUCUAGCCUUCUCUCUCUCUCUCUCCUAUGCUUCUCUCUUCAUCUUUUCCUCUCUCUAUCUCUCUCUCCUAUCUAUCUCUCUCUCUCUCUCUCUCUCUCUCUCCCCCCUCUCUCUCUCUCUCCUCUCUCUCAUUAUCCUCUAUCUGCCAUUCUCGAUUCUGUGUUCUGAGCGGUACCUCUCUUUCAGCCUGUCUUGAUAACCUUCACGGUGCAUUUUCUUUUUCUCUUAUUUUUAUAUGUGGCGACUUCCUUCCAUUUAAAGUUUUCGGUUCUAGCUGAUUAUGCCCCCUCUUCUGGUUUCAGAGCACUGCUGUAACUGUAACUCACCCCAGGAGUUCCAAUUUCACACCAUGUUCAACAGUAUACAAAAAAAAAAAAAAAAAAUCUGCAAUGCUACAUUUCUUCCGUAAAGACCCCAAACCAUAAGUCUCUCUGCUUAGACUCUCUCACCGGCUGGCUUCUAUCGUCAUCCACUACCACUCUGCCUUUAGUUAAACUGUUCUCUUUCUCUCUCCCUCUCUCGCCUCUCUCUCUCUCUCUCUCUCUCUCUCUCUCUCUCUCUCUCUCUCUCUCUCUCUCUCUCUCUCUCUCUCUCUCUCUCUCUCUCUCUCUCUCUCUCUCUCCAUGCUGCCUCCUGUUCCUGCUCUCUUUCUCUGUUCUCUUCCCUUCUAUUCCCAUGUUCGGUGGCCAUGCCCUCUUGUUAUGUGAGGCUGCUACACAGAAGCUGAGAGAGAGAAGAGACAGAGACAGAGCAGACUAGAACCCAGGCUGUCUGGAUGAUAUAGUACUGUCACUGCAGUAUCUGUGUUAGUGUCUGUGAGGAAUACCAUGGAAAGUUAUAAUGAUGUAACGCCAGUAAGAAACAUCAGCCGCGUCAUCAUCAUCAUCAUCAUCAUCAUAAACAUCAUCAUUCUGCCCAUCCUCAACCUAGCUAUUUGUGACAAUUUAUAUUAGGGGGUGUGUUCAGCAGUUUGCCCCACGCUUGUGUGUGUGUGGUCACAUGAUAGUUUGUGUAUUAAACAGAGACACGGUGUCCUCCUCUCUCGCUCUCUCUCUUUUCUCUCUCUCGCCUUCUCCGCCACUCCCUCGUUCCGCAUCUUGAUGACUCCCAUAAUCUGCCUGCUGCCGUGAGAUUAAAAAGAAAAACCGCCCUGUUUUAUGAUAACAUUUGUGGGAUAAACAAAGUUGUUACAACCUCCACUGUCUCCUUCCUCUUUAAUCUGCUUUCUUUGAGUUCCAGCAACGGUUGUUAGGUUGUUAUACAAUGUUUCCAUUGUGUGUGUGUGUGUGUGUGUGUGUGUGUGUGUGUGUGUGUGUGUGUGUGUGUGUGUUUGUGUGUGUGUGUGUGUGUGUGUGUGUGUGUGUGUGUGUGUGUGUGUGUGUGUGUGUGUGUGUGUGUGUGUGUGUGUGUGUGUGUGUGUGUGUGUGUGUGUGUGUGUGUGUGUGCGCAUGUGUGCAUGCAUGCCCGCAUGUAUAGUAUGUCUACUUUAAGUUCCAAUCGGUUGGUUGUUAUAAGAUCUUCCAGAGUUCCCAUUGAGUGUUGUCAUCUAGCAUGUAGGCAGCAGGCAGGGAGGGUUUCAGUACUGAACCAGCCAGGCAGGGUUUCAGUACUGAGCCAGGCAGGCAGGGUUUCAGUACUGAGCCAGCCAGGCAGGGUUUCAGUACUAUGCCAGGCAGGCAGGGUUUCAGUACUGAGCCAGGCAGGCAGGGUUUCAGUACUGAGCCAGGCAGGCAGGGUUUCAGUACUGAGCCAGGCAGGCAGGGUUUCAGUACUAUGCCAGGCAGGCAGGGUUUCAGUACUGAGCCAGGCAGGCAGGGUUUCAGUACUGAGCCAGGCAGGCAGGGUUUCAGUACUAUGCCAGGCAGGCAGGGUUUCAGUACUGAGCCAGGCAGGCAGGGUUUCAGUACUGAGCCAGGCAGGCAUGGUUUCAGUACUGAGCCAGGCAGGCAGGGUUUCAGUACUGAGCCAGGCAGGCAGGGUUUCAUGCAGCAUAGUGAGGAGAACCAGAUCCAGCCAGAGCUGAACCAGAGCUGAACAACCCAGUAAAGUAGAUGCAGAUCAGCCACCCUGACCGGCUCUGUCUGCUUCACAUUAUGGCAAGGAUGCCUGUAUUCAUAAAAUGUCUCAGUGUAAUAGUGCUAAUCUAAGAUCAGUUUAGUCUUUUAGAGCAUAAUGAUUAAUAUUAUAAGAAUAGGGAGGAUCUGAUCCUAGACCAGCACUCCUGCUCUGAGACGCUAUAUGAAUACAGUCCUGAACCGUGUAAGAAGUUGCAGACGCCCCAUGUCUGCUUCACAUUACGGGAAGGAUGCCUUGUGCCUUGGCUCUGUAUCAUUCCAAUGAGCAAUCCCAUGUUUAUUUAAGAGAAAAAAGAGCCACAUUAAAAACAGUGGGCUAGUGGAGAAGCCUGAUGCUUCCAAGCUGUUGCAUGGGAGAAGUGUCUUGGGGGUGUUUUUUAAGGAGUGAAUGGUGGCAGUGGUAGUAAAUGGUGAUGGAGGAAUUCUUGUGUGUUCAUAGUACAUGAGCUAUGUGUCCCUGGCCUUAAUCCUCUCUCUCUCUCUCUCUCUCUCUCUCUCUCUCUCUCUCUCUCUCUGGCUCUGUCUCUCUUCCCUUGUUUCUGUCCCUCUUGCUACACUCUAUUUUUGUUCCACUCCUGUCCUCCUUCCCUCUCUCAUGCUGCGAGGCAUUGAUCUAUGUGUUCAUACUGAAUGACAUGUGACACACAUGAGCAGAGUGUGUUGCUCAGACCUCUGUGGUACCAGAUGGCCUUACCGAGAGAGAGGGGACAAACACUGCCUGAGGUGGCUGGCUGCACCCAGCGCCCCUGUGAGAGCUGACGGAAGGGGUGGUUUGUAAACAGGGGGGCAGCAGGGUUGUGUGUCCUGGGGAGGAAGGGGUGGUUUGGAGACAGGGGGGCAGCAGGGUUGUGUGUCCUGGGGAGGAGGGGGUGGUUUGGAGACAGGGGGGCAGCAGGGUUGUGUGUCCUGGGGAGGAGGGGGUGGUUUGGAGACAGGGGGGCAGCAGGGUUGUGUGUCCUGAGGAGGAGGGGGUGGUUUGGAGACAGGGGGGCAGCAGGGUUGUGUGUCCUGAGGAGGAGGAGGCAGAGUGUCGCUGAGGUAAAGCAACAGGCUUUCUCAGGCACCUCUCUGAGGUCACCCUGUAAACAGCCCUGGAGAGAACACACACACCAUAGACACACACACACACACACACAACCUGCCAAUAACCCCUGGGCUCUGUGUCUGUGUGUGUGUCUGUGUGUGUGUGUCAAAUAAAUCAAAUCAAAUCACAUUUUAUUGCUCACCUACACGUGUUUAGCAGAUGUUAUUGCGGGUGUAGCGAAAUGCUUGUGCUUCUAGCUCCGACAGUGCAGUAAUAUCUAACAAUUUCACAACAUAUACCCAAUACACACAAAUCUAAAGCAAUGGAAUUAAGAAUAUAUAAAUAAAUAUAUGGACGAGCAAUUUCAGAGCGGCAUAGACUAAGAUACAGUAGAAUAGUAUAGAAUACAGUAUAUACAUAUGAGAGGAGUAAUGCAUGAUAUGUAAACAUUAUUAAAGUGACUAGUGUUCCAUUUAUUAAAGUGGCCAGUGAUUUCUAGUCUAUGUCUAUAGGCAGCAGCCUCUAAUGUGCUAGUGAAGGCUAUUUAACAGUCUGAUGGCCUUGAGAUAGAAGCUGUUUUUCAGUCUCUCGGUCCCAGCUUUGAUGCACCUGUACUGACCUCGCCUUCUGGAUGAUAGCGGGGUGAACAGGAAGUGGCUCGGGUGGUGUGUGUUAGAGCCUCAGGUUAAAAGAGUAAUGGUCUCCGUCAACUCAGACGUCAUCUCAGUUCACCACAUGCCUAAUGCACACGCACACACAUACAGAUUGCCUCACAUGCUGAUUGGGCCGACCUGCCACUUGUCCUGUUUGCUCUGACAGUCAGCAUCACAGUUCAUUGCUGAUGAGGUGUUUGACUGGCUCGAGAGAAUAUGACCAAAUUAGUGUGUGUGUGUGUGUGUGUGUGUGUGUGUGUGUGUGUGUGUGUGUGUGUGUGUGUGUGUGUGUGUGUGUGUGUGUGUAUGUGUGUGUGUGUUCACGCGUAUCACGAUUGCAUCUUUUUAUCAUAGUGAAGACUUACAGAACAUAGAGAAGGGAACUAAUAAAACAUGAAUGAGCUUACAUCAGCAGCAGCUGUUGUUGCCAGUUGAUGUGUGUGUGUGCCUGUGUGCGUGUGUGUUGGCGUAGGUAAUAUAUUUACAUGUAAAACAGUCCUGUCUGUCACAGGAGUGGAUUUUCCUGCUCUGCUGUUCCACUGUAAAACCACAGUAACAGUAAUUAUACAGCUCUCUAUCUCUCAACUGUUUAAAACCCCUUCAGUUCAGUUGGCCCAUGGGUUUAGCAAGUGUAUGUUUACUUAGUAUUUUCUAAUGACAGUUGAGUGACCUGAAUUGAAUUGGAUUUAUUGCAGCGGUCAUUGGCGUCGGUUAGGAACACACACAAAUACAAUGAAAGGUUUUAGUUGUUGUAUAUUUAGUCAUUUUUUUAGUUUGGGUGUUUUCCAUCAGGCAGUUCAGCCUCUCCAGUUCAUUUAUCCUCUGUGAUCAAAAUCCAACUGUAAGAGUCGAGGAUAAAGAAGGCAAAUCAAAGGCAUUUUUAUAUGAACCAGCAGCAUUUCGUUUCAUUGUAAAAACACACUAUUUCAACUCUGCCUCUAAGAACACAGUAUGUCAAUGCAUAUGUCAGUGCAUAGCUAUCAAUUAUUGAAACAUCUCCGUUGAAAUGUUGUUAAAGUGUAACCGUGUAGCUACGGCACUCUCUCCUGUCUGUGUUUCUGAUUGAAGUACAAAUAAGAUCAUCUCCGCUAAUGUUAUUAUGUUAAUACAUUACCAUAUUAGUGUUGCAGCCACAGUGUUCUUUUCCCAUUUAAAACUCUGGCUCCAGUCAUUGAACCAAAGCACUUUUUAAUUAGGAAUUUAAUUACCAAUAAUGCACUUGAUCAGCCAGACCUAAUUUCAUUUAGACUCAGACAAAUCAGAUAAACGUUGUCACUCUCUGUGUCACCGGAGGGGGGCAAAUUGGUCACAUUUACCCGUUUUGGUUUUGAAUGAAUAAUUGUUUUUGGUGAUUAAAUCCGUUUCAAAAUAAUGUUUUGACUAUUUAAAUACAUAUAAUGUGCAGAGGAGAUGUUUAUAAUAUUUUCUCUGCAUAAAAUCCAACACAUUACUAUUAAGUCAAAAUGAAAAUGAUUGUAAACAUUAAAGAAAAUUAUAUUAUCAAAUAAUAAAAACUAUUACUAAAACCUAUUACUAAUGACUGUGUGCAAAAAAAUAUAAAUAUAUUUUACCCAUAUUUUACCAGGUAAGUUGACUGAGAACACGUUCUCAUUCACAGCAAUGACCUGGGGAAUAGUUAUGAGACAACAAGUGUGUGUGAAUUGAAAUGAUUUAUGUCACACUACUAGCAGUGGCGUGAGGGGCCAUGUAAGGGGCCCGACCAGGGAGGCACGGUGUGAGGAUCAGUGCUGCAGCUGCCCUGCCAGUGUGGCAGGUAGAUGACAAAAUGCUAAUGCUAAUUUCAGCCCUGGUCUGUCUGUCUAACUGACUUAUCCUGACAGAUCACCCACACUGCUGCUGAUCUGAUUCAUACACUAGUCUCAUUCCCCCAUAAGCACUUCUCACAGCUCAGUCACCCCUCCUCCUCUCCCUCCCUCCCUCUCUCUCCAUCCCUCCCUCCCGCUGUCCGUUACUCAUUCACUCACUCAGUUGUCACUCUGCCCUCCUAUCAGCCUCAGUACAUUUUUACAAAACUACAAACCAGCAGUGUGAGGAACUGUCUUUCUCUCUCUCUCUCUCUCUCUCUCUCUCUCUCUCUCUCUCUCUCUCUCUCUCUCUCUCUCUCUCUCUCUCUCUCUCUCUCUCUCUCUCUCUCUCUCUCUCUCUCUCUCUCUCUCUCUGAAUGAUACAGUUUGUUGUUGUUGGGUCUGCUGAUGCUCAUAUGCCACCGCUGUAGACUUAUUUGUCUAUUUAAGAUGACCAUGAAAAACAUAUACUAAAAACUUGGGAAUCAAUCAAUCCGCCACCAUUAACACAAUGGAAAAAUCGAAUGAUUUAUUAUUGAAAUAUUGAAAUAGCAUGGGCGACCCAGAAAAACAAAUUGGUACAAUUUAAGGCCAACAAUAAUGCAGGUACUAGGGAUGGGGGUGUGAGCAUGUGGGUCUGGGCAGAUGAGAAUGUAGUCGUUGUUUGUGUGUGUCUGUAAGUUGUUGUUCGUAUGUGUCUGUUUGUUUCUGGUGUGGGGAAUAUAUAUAUAUAUUUUUAAACAGAUAAAAUAUUAUUAAAAAAUAAGAUGACCUUGAGGUGGGACAGCACACAGGUCCCAGGGCAGGGCAGGGAAACCCCCUAAAAGUCCCCCCAAGCCACCCCCUACUCUGUCUAUCAACUGCCAUGCUUAGGAAGGGCUAAUAACACACACCGUUGUGUGGGGAAACCAUGUAAAUGAUGCUGUCAACCUUUUCAACCAGGAGAGGCAGCCUGGCAUACCUUAACGUCACCCUUUAAAUAAGGUCUGUUCUCUCAUUCUCAUCUGUCCUAUAAAAUCUGUUUUAUGUUUUGCCUGAUUCCCUUGAGUUUUUCCCAAAAUUCUCCAUUUUGUUUUUCCAGGUUUCCGUUUUCCCCUGUUUAUGUUUUUUUUUCACUCUCAAAAUCACACUUUUUUUAAAAAUAGAAAAACAACUAAAUUGGAUGUUGUAAGUCCACAACACUGCUUAAACCACAUCAGGAUACCACUCUUUAAAUUUAGAUUUUUGGGUGUAAUUACCCUUUAAUUCCAGUGUGCAAGACGCAGUUGUUUAGCAAUGUUUUUGUAGAGUACAUGUGAUGGUAGAGUUUGCCAAACAAAUACCCACUGGAUUGAUGCAAAUAAUCAUGAUAUCAUUCUGCCGGUAGGCUAUUUUGUAGUUAACAAUUGAGAACGUUUUUGGGAUAUCCUUUCCAUCUACACAAAGUGGCACAUAAACAGACAGGGGGAAUUCUCCUUGCCUCUUCAGAAAGUUGCAGGAAAUACGAAUCACUGAUGCAUUCUGUUCAUGUCUCAUGAUAAACUUGGGAAAAUUAAUAAAUGUUCAGUGCAUGUAGUUAAUUCCCUACUAAGUUCAAUACAUUUUUGAAUUUUGUUGAAUUCUGUUUUAAUUACUGGAUUCCGUGAUUCCGUCCGCAUUCUCCGCAUCGCAGAUUUUAUAGGGCCCUAGAAGCAUCUCUCCCAAUUUCAUUAGGGAGAAUCUACCUUCCAACCCUCCCAACUGCCUCUCUCGCUCUGCUAUCAUCUGGGAGGAUUUUAUAGAACUCACGCAGAAAAACCUUAUAAAAAAUAUGUUGGUAACUUCAAAAAAAAAUUAUGAAGUCGGAAAAAAAUAUCUAAAAGAUGUUUGAGAAAGAGCAGCCAUGCACAAUCUCUGGGAGACCUCCAGAAAAGGGCCAGCCAAGAUUCCCAAAUUAAAACGGCCGCAAUUAUCAGAACUCAAAAUUAGAAGCAGAGAGAACGUUCUUUGGCUAAUAAACAUUUUUAAAAUACCGCCGGGGGGACUCCAUGCAACGGUUAUUACUCUGACACACACACACGUUUAUUGCUCCUCUGUCUUCCAUUAGAAGUAUGUCGUUUUAUUUUUUGUUCUCAGGAUGUUGUCUGUAGAUUUGAUUAAUUCUCGAUGGCAGCAGGGCUUAAUGAAAGAUUGGAAAUGUUUUCCCUUCUUCUUCCUUCCACCCUGAUACACACACACACACACACGCACACACACACACACACACACACACACACACAGACACACACACACACACACACACACAUGCACACACACACAGACACACACACACACACACACAUGCACACACGUUAUGCUUUGCUUUCAGUUAGGCCUUUUAUCUAAUGGAUGUCGUACUUAUCAGCAACUCUGGACACAUACCAGAUCAGAGGGACUGGGGUAAUCAAUUAAGUGACCCUUCCUCUCCCGCCUUACCUCUGGCUUUUUACUCCCUCUCCCACUCCCCUCUCACCCCUGCCCUUCCUACUUCAGUUCCCAAAGGCUGUUUCCUGCCUGCCUCUCCUCACUCAGAUGCACUCAAGCCCUGCCAAGACACACACACACACACACAACCAAGUGCGUGUGCACACACACACACACACACACGAGCACCGCUGAACACUCCAGAAGGUGGGGAGGAUUUAAGGAUCCCGGGAAGAUUAAGUGCACAGCUUAGCGCUAUCUGACCGCUGUCUCACGCUUUUUCUUUCCUUUUCUUCCCUAUUUCCUUCCCCUCCCUCUCUCUCUCUUUCCCUGUCCUCCCUCUCUCCAGGUAGCCGAGCCUAAGCGGAGCGGAGCGGGCGGACCCUCCCUCCUCCACCUCCUCCCCCCAUCUUCCUCCACCGUCCAGGUCCGUGCUGUGUGUGCGUCUAUCCGCUGUGGCGGCAAAGCAUGCUGGCAGUAUGGACGUGAAGGAACGCAGGCCCUACUGCUCGCUGACCAAGAGCAGGCGCGAAAAGGAGCGGCGCUACACGGGCUCGUCCGGCGACAGCGAGGAGUGCGGCAGCGGCGGCGGGGGCCCGGGACCGAGGGUACCCACCCAGAAGUCGUACAGCUCCAGCGAGACGCUCAAGGCCUUCGACCACCAGGACUCCUCCAGACUAUUGUACAGCAGCAGAGUGAAGGAGAUGGUGCACCGUGAACAGGACGAGUACACCCGACAAGGUACUAGUUAGCCUAGUUAGUUAUCCCCCUGCCGUUGUGCCUUUCAGAAAGGCACCUAGCAUGCUCAAUGGGCGCUGUCCUGCGGCUGACCAUGUAGGCAGUGGUACUCGAUUUCUUUCUACUGCUUGAGUACCGGCACCUCUUUUACCACCUUGACUAUUGGCUCUAAAAUAUGUACUGUAAAAUUAAAAUAUGAUCAACAGUACUGUAACAUUUUAAUAUGAUCACCAGUACUGUAAAAUUAAAAUAUGAUCAACAGUACUGUAACAUUUUAAUAUGAUCACCAGUACUGUAAAAUUAAAAUAUGAUCAACAGUACUGUAACAUUUUAAUAUGAUCACCAGUACUGUAAAAUUAAAUUGAGUACCAGUACCUUUGUCAUUCCACUUGAAGCUGUCUGUAGGUUUUACUCUGUAGCCACUGUCAGCUGUACCUGCAUGAACUCCUCCUUAGGCUGGCCCCUAAGAGUUUAAGUCUGUCUCUGUUUACAUACGUCUACCUCAGGUGUUUAAGUCUGUCUCUGUUUACUCACGUCUACCCCCUCAAUGUUGACUUUUGCCACCGAGCUGGGCCACGGCUCAAAUGUUUACCUUAGAUAAGGGAUAAGGGCUGACUAUUCAGCUUUAAAGUGCGUUCAAGGACGCGACCCAGCCAUAUCACGAAUCAGUUUCUGUGGAUAAGGGACGAGGUGUAAUUAUAUUUACAGUGCACUUAUGUCAUGAAGUAAACAUGUUCUAGCUACAGUUUCAAUCCAAAAAGAAGAAAUCUCAUUACCUCACUAGUUGGUAUCUGGCUAGGUGCUGGUCCUCUGUAGCUCAGUUAGUAGAGCGUAGUGCUUGCAAUGCCAGGAUAGUGGGUUUGAUUCCCGAGACCUGUGCGUAAAUAUGUAUGCACGCAUGGCUGUAAGUGGCUUCAGAUAAAAGGGGUCUGCUAAAUGGUAUAUAAUAGUUGCUGGGUUAGGGUUGAACAUGAACACUGGGGCUUGUCUAGUUGAUAAGGGGAUCCAGGGGUAAUGUGUCAACAGGUAGAUGGGGGUAUCAGGGGUAAGGAAGGUGUAACAGUCUGGGUAGGUUGGGGCAGUGUAUGACAUCCUCCCGAAAUUAACAAACAUGAGACAGUUGGGCGCGGCAGGUAGCUUCGAGAUUAGAGUGUUGGGCCAGUAACCAAAAGGUGCUGACAAGGUAAAAAUUAAAAUUGUCGCUGUGCCCUUGAGUAAGUCUAAUUGCUCCAGGGGUGCUGUACAAUAGCGACCCACUUGUGUGUAACAGGACAAAUAUAAGCACCCCCCAAAUGAUUAUAGAGACACACUCUCUGCCUCUCGCUGGCAGAGCUAGUCACCUAAGUGGGCCACUCGGUCACUGGACUUGUUAGACAGACUUAAGCACUUUAUGUUUAACUACUACACACAAGCCUCUUGGCUAAGCACCUCUUUCUGUCUCCUCGCUCAGUAACUCACUUAGUACCUUCCCUCAUAGGAGCUUAUGGUGACACUAUGCUAAGCUAAUAUAGCUAGCACCGUUUGUUUAUACUGUAUGUUAAUGUAGUGACUCCAUAGAAAUAGAAUGAGUAGAACGGGUUUGGAACCUCUGACCUAUUUGACCUGAAUGGGGACACCCAUUCUAUUCAUUUAAAUUCUAUGGGUUUGAUGUUGACUUAAAUGGUUUGGUCACUUCAGAAAUAAUAGCGGGACAGUAUUCAUUUGUGAAACUUAAUGGACUAAAACUGGAAUAAUUAGAAUUGUUGACCAUCAGUGGUAAAAUUAUAAGAUGGGAUUUUUGUAAUUACUUGAUUUUUAUAAUGCACAGUGAGCGCAUAGAUCUGAAACUGUUUUGAACUCGUGACAUUAACUGGUUUGUAGAAAGAUGGAGGCAAAGCUUUUACCAGGUCCAUCCAUAUUUUCUAUAAACAUAACAAAAGUACUUUGAAGUUCAUUACUAGUUCAUUGAUUGUUCCUCCACUCCAAUUAACACUUCAUAAAUAUUGGAGAGAAAAAACUUAAUUACUUUAAUUAUCUUAUCAUGUACAUUUUCAUUGCCACACUAAUUGGCGCUCAUUUAAAAUUUAUAUAAUUUUAAUUGAACUGCAGUGACUAUCUUAGUUAUGUCUGUAAUUAACAAGCCUUUAUAGUCACUCUUAUUCCUAGAUUCAAGAUUGCUCCAGACAGUAUUUUAUCCACAGAUUUAACAGUCAAUAUUUUAUCCUUAUAAUGUAAAUGAUCUUGGAGGAAUUUGGAAGAUGAUUUGACCAUGCUGUGAAACUUCUGUAUUCUACUACCAUGUGGGACAUGACAUGCAUCAGAACCAAUUCAGAAUGAGGAUAACUUAUUUAUUUUAUUUUAAUCUAAAUCUAGUUAAAUAACUCUACCCUAAAUAAGAUAAAGCAUGUAUUUGUCUGAAUCUUCGACCAUUAAAUAUUUCAAAAGAAGCCAUAAUUAGUGUCACUGAUAUGGUAAUUUUACCUAGGCCUCUUGAAUAUAGAGCAGUUGCCUCUCAUUGAGAAACAUGUAUUAAGUAUAUACUACAGUCAUUUUCAUAACUGCAAAAGUAGUGUGGAGUGAAACACUUUCCAUUAUCCCCAAAAUAGUGAAUAUUAAGUAGUCUUGUAUUAAGUUAUUCACCACAAAUCAGCUAAGCUGGAAGAACACGUUAUCAGAUGAAUGUAUAAUAAUCUAAUAAUAAUUCAAAAGUAAUAUAAUAACUUAUUACUGAAGCAAAAACGAUCACUAAAUACAGUCACUAAAUGAUAUACGAUAAUCACUGAAUAGCGGCAGGAAUAAUAUUUUUUACAAACAUUUCACAGCAUUUAUAAGUAAAACAAAUAUAUAUAUGUUCAGGCAUGUUCUUAGCCAGCCCGUUUCUAUCACCAUGGCAGCUAAACCCACUGAAUGGAAUGCAGUCUAAAUCUAAAUGUAGGUGUGACAUAAAUGUCUUUAAGCGAGAGAAAGGAGUUUAGCUUUGCAGGAAAUCAUUAUCUUUGGUUAAAAAAGGAACUAAUGAAUUAUAUAUCACAGACUCUAUUUUUAAUUGUCUCUUGUUUUACCAUUCCCCAACAUAAAAUGCAAGCCAGUUCAAUUGUAGUAGAAUGGUUAAUAGGCCUAAGAUGAAUUAUACAGUAUAUUGUUUGCUGUAGUCAUAGAGAUCCUAUACAAUUAUAUAGUAUUCUAAUUCCUAAUUUUUUGCCUAUAGUUGUGUUUUCAUAUGAGGACCCAGAUAAUGAAAUAGUUUACUUUGAUUCAUGGUUACUGUGUCUUGUACAAUUUGUUACAAAUUUAGGAAACGUUUGUACAUGAUUUCCUCCAAGAUAUUUCUAAGAAGUACUUUGUUCUAUGACAUACUCUGAAUUUGUAUAUUUAUGUUGAGCAAAUAUUUAAAUCUGUAAAACUAUACAUACUAAAACUAUAAUAUGAAUACAUAUCAUUACUAAUAAUACAAAUAUUAUUACGUUAUUGUUUUAUUAUGAUUAUUUGUAUUAUGUUGUAUGUUUUGAUUAAUUAUUAGUUCUGUAUAAAUUAAACUAAAUGAAAUGUAUAGUCAGUGUAUGUCAAACUUAAAGGCCUUAAUGUGGAACAGUUCCUUAACUGCACCCUGAUGACUUCAUAUGGUUGUUCAUGGCUGUUGUUGCUGUUUAUUCUGUUGUGGUGGCGGCAGCGCCUUUGAAGUAGUGACUUUACGCUUUCAAGGCCUUGAGAUAUUUAUGAAAUCACCAACCAGAUUGGAAGAGCCUUAACUACCAGUCUGUCUGCCAGGACAACAUAGCAGAGCAGAGCAGCCACCAUCUUCUCUCCCAUCUGCACCACAUUACCCCUCCCGAGAACACACAUGCACGUGUGUAUACGCACACAACAUACACACACACACACACACAAACCAUAUUCCGUCUGCCUGCGAGAGGAAGACACUUUUACUAAGUCUCUGUACUAUACACUUUAUCUUUUAAUACAUUGAACAAUAUUUUGCCAAAUAUUCUCUGAUUAAUUUGGGGGUUUCAAUAAAUGGUUGCCAUAGAGAUUGCAGUUAUUUGAUUAUUUCUGUGGCUCCAAAUCUACUGUAUUUAUACUGCUUAGUUAGGCUACCUACUUACUUGUGUUUUUUUAGCAAUGUAAAUUAAUUGUGCCUGAAUUGUUUUAUACAAUACUAGGUCUUGAAUUCCUUUCAGCCUACAUAAUGUUACCGCAUUAGAUAUAACCAAAGGACAGCCACAUAUGAGACCAAUCAUUAGCACAGCAACCUCUCUCUCUCUCUCUCACUCUAGUUGAUAAGUUGCAGACAGUACUGUAUGUGUAUUAGCUCCAUGCGUUGUAAAUUAUUGCUGUGUACCCAGAACCCCUCCAGUCAUGUUUGCCGUUUCCUACGCGCCAGCCAACAUUAGUAACCCGCAAGUAAUGCUUUUAUAGGGCAUUUAUCGAGAGCCUGGCGGGCCUGGCGCUCUGCCCUCCUCCACUGAAACAGUGGCUAGCCCAAUGGGCCGUUCCAUGGUGCUCUUUGUUGUUGGGUUUUGCUUUAGCAUUAUGCAGUUUGUUAGCACUCCCCACUGGGCACAGACGUCAAUUCAACGUCUAUUCCAAGUUGGUUCAACAUAAUUUCAUUGAAAUUACGUAGAAACAACGUUGAUUCAAUCAGUGGGUCAGCACUGAAGUGCCCUUUAUGUUUUCGCUUUAUGUUAGCAUGUUUCGAACCUUGUUUAUGUUAUGCUAACGAGUUCAGCUUUAGCUGCGGAAUGCGUUCUGCUCUGCCUAAGCAAAAUGGGCUGUAUCAUAGCAUGUUAUUUUCUGCAAUAGCACUAGGCCAAUGUGUUCCUUCGGGCCUAUGUGCUGUUUGAGUUGUGUUUCAGCGAUGAUAGUGUCCCUGCAGCAAUGUUCCAACAUCUAGUGGAAAGCCUUCCCUGAAGAGUGGAGGCUGUUAUAGCAGCAAAGGGGGAUCAACUCAAUAUUAAUGCCCAGGAUUUUGAUAGUGUAUGUUUUGCUUUAGGAGAGAUUCCCUUUUGGAUGUUUUGUUUUGCGUUGGAUAUUUCUUUAGCGUUUGGCAUGCUCCAUCAACGCCUUUAGCAAGUCGUGUUUCACUGAGGUAUUGUUUUAGUUGUUUCGCCAUGCUCUGCUUCAGUCUUUAGAGAAUGGGUAGACAAGCAGAUUUUUGUCGGAGCGGAUGGUUGGGUGGCGGGAACAUAUUUACCAUAAUGGUUGGUACACUGCAAACUAAGCCAUAAAAGAGAUUGGAUUUGAAAAUAACAAUCCUUUCAUACCUUGAUUACAUUGAGACACGAUCACAUAUAUCCCUUCUAUUCGUGGGAAUGCUUAGGAACAGAUUUGCUAAAAUAAACUAAUUUCUAUCUGAAUUACUGGUGAUUUUAGUGUUCAGGGGCCCCCAAAAAAUUUAACUUGAGGGUGCCUGUCGCUUACCCCAGCUUUAGAGUGUCUCCCUCCAUUUGAUAAUGAGAAUUUUCCAUUAAGGCAUUGGUCCUAUGGUGCUGAAAAAAUGUUUUUUUUAGCUAGUCAGGCCUGGUCGUGGUAAGACACAACGAUCGGGGUCCUGGGAGUCCAGCAUGGGAUCCUGGGUAACAGAAUGUUAAGCCCCUGCAGAUAUCUGAGAGUCAGAUGAAACCUGAUAGUCCCUUUGUUGGACGUCUAGUAGCUAGGAGCUAGCGCUGUUUACAGAAGCUGUGUUUUCACUGGGGAUUUCAGGUCAGUUGACACUACACCCCACCAACCCCCCAUCAUGAAAAAAAGACAGCACUUUCAAUUUACGGAUUUAUUAGUAUUUUCUCUUUCUCUCUCUUUAUUUUCAAGCCCAUGCAGGAUCUUUUCAUUGCUCAACACCUCCAGUCCAAAUUACUCCCCAGAUGCUAGCUAUGCCCCAUUUAUCUGUCAGCUUCUAUUUUGUUAGCACCUGGGAGGUAGCUCUCCCCCUUCUCUUCUCCGUGGCGUCACAAAUGGCACCCUGUUCCCUUUAUAGUGCACUACUUUUGACCAGAGCCCUAUAGGCCCUGGUCAAAAGUAGUAACCCCUAUUGCCUAUAUAGUGCACUUGGAACGCAGCCCUCUUCCCUCCCAACUUGAACCACCUAUCUAUCUAUCUACACUAUAUAUACAAAAGUAUGUGGACACCCCUUCAAAUUAGUGAAUUUGGCUAUUUCAGCCACAUCCGUUGCUGGCAGGUGUAUAAAAUCGAGCACACAGCCAUGCAAUCUCCAUAGACAAACAUUGACAGUAGAAUGGCCUUACUGAAGAGCUCAGUGACUUGUCCCCCCCAGAAAUGGUUUGUCGAGAUCGGUGUGGAAGAACUUGACUGGCCUGCACAGAGCCCUGACUUCAACCCCAUCGUACAACUUUGGGAUGAAUUGGAACGACGACUGCGAGCCAGGCCUAAUCGCCCAACAUCAGUGCCCGACCUCACUAAUGGUCUUAUGGCUGAAUGGAAGCAAGUCCCCGCAGCAAUGUUCCAACAUCUAGUGGAAAGACUUCCCAGAAGAUUGGAGACUGUUAUAGCAGCAAAGAGGGGACAAACUCAAUAUUAAUGCCCAUGAUUUUGGAAUGAGAUGUUUGACGAGCAGGUGUCUACAUACUUUUGGUCAUGUAGUGUAUCUAUCUAUCUAUACAGAACAAAAAUAUAAACGCAACAUGUAAAGUGUUCGUCCCAUGUUUCAUGAGUUGAAAUAGAAGAUCCCAGAAAUCUUCCAUACGCACAAAAAGCUUAUUUUUCUAAAAUUGUGUGCACAGAUUUGUUUAUAUCCAUGUUAGUGAGCAUUUCUAAUUUGCCAAAAUAAUCCAUCCACCUGACAGGUGUGGCAUAUCAAGAAGCUGAUUAAACAGCAUGAUUAUUACACAGGUGCACCUUGUGCUGCGGACAAUAAAAUGUGCAUUUUAGUCACACAACACAAUGCCACAGACUUUUGAUGGAGCGUGCAAUUGGCAUGCAGGAAAGUCCACCAGAGUCGUUUUAGAGAAUUUGGCAGUACGUCCAACCGGCCUCACAACCGCAGACCACGUGUAACCAUGCCAGCCCAGGACCUCCACAUCUGGCUUUUUCACCUGCAGGAUUGUCUGAGACCAGCCUCCCGGACAGCUGAUGAAGUUGUGGGUUUGCAUAACCGAAGAAUUUCUGCACAAACUUUCAGAAACCGUCUCAGGGAAGCUCAUCUGCGUGCUCGUCGUCCUCACCAGGGUCUUGACCUGACUGCAGUUCGGCGUCGUGACCGACUUCAGUGGGCAAACGCUCACCUUCAAUGGCCACUGGCAAGCUGGAGAAGUGUGCUGUUCACGGAUGAAUCCCAGUUUCAACUGUACCGGGCAGAUGGCAGACAGAUUGUAUGGCAUUGUGUGGGCGAGCAGUUUGCGGAUGUCAACGUUGUGAGCAGAGUGCCCCAUGGUGUAGUUAUGGUAUGGGCAGAUAUAAGCUACGGACAACGAACACAAUUGCAUUUUAUUGAUGGUAAUUUGAAUGCACAGAGAUAUCGUGUACGAGAUCCUGAGGCCCAUUGUUGUGCCAUUCAUCCGCAGCCAUCACCUCAUGUUUCAGCAUGAUAAUGCACAACCCCAUGUCGCAAGGAUCUGUACACAAUUCCUGGAAGCUGAAAAUGUCCAAGUUCUUCCAUGGCCUGCAUACUCACCAGACAUGUCACCCAUUGAGCAUGUUUGGGAUGCUCUGGAUCGACGUGUACGACAGCGUGUUCCAGUUCCCGCCAAUAUCCAGCAACUUCGCACAGCCAUUGAAGAGGAGUGGUACAACAUUCCACAGGCCACAAUAAACAGUGAGGGGGACUGUCUCAUUGUUAGGAUGGAUCUGAGGGUCAGGUGGCUGGAGGUCAGAGGGGCCUUGGGUGGUGGGCAAUAUUAGAGCUGAGAUUUGCCAGGGACCUCACGUUACGAUAUUAUCACUAUACUUAGGUGCUGAUACGAUAUGUAUUGCGAUUCUCACCAUUCUAUAUGUAUUGCGAUUCGAUACUUUUAUUUUUUGUGAUUUGAUGUUCCAAACAUAUUUCUCACUAUAUGUCUGCUGCAGAGGGAUAAGAGAGAGCCAUGAGAAAACACAUUGUGAUCAGUUAUGAAAAUACGUUUAGGUUCAGGUACAGCCAACUAGCGUAAAAGUAAUAUUGCGAUAUUGUCAAAACGAUACGAUAUGAUAUAUUGUCAAAAAUUAUAUCCCCAUAUGUAAUUGUAUAGAUUUUUUUCCCCAUCACUAGGCGAUAUGGUCAGGAAGAGGUUUUAAUGUGACAGAUGCUCUGUUAGUGACAGGGUUGAAGAUAUUUUGUCUUUACUGUCACUUUACUGCAUUCUCAAGUUAGAUCAUCUGUACUCCCUGUGUCCUCCUGUAAAAGGACACUGAAUUGGUCUCCCUGGUAAAUGCUAGCUCUCUGAAAUACUUGACAUUUAAAAUAAAAGACACCAGUUCCACUCUUAUUGAAACUAUUGAUGUCCUCAACCUUGUUCUUUGUGAAAGAGUCUUGACGAUCCUUCAUCUUGUUUCCCCUCCUCUCUCAAAACUCCCUUCAUUCUACCUUGUGCUUCCUGUAUUCUCUUGUAAAGGGCACUAGUUUUUCCUUAUGUAACAUAAAUGUUUUGGAGGACAUUUAAUGACCGGUUCAGGGCUGUAUUCUUGACAACUUCCAUCUUGUUUCCUCUCUUCUCUCAAAACUCCCUUUAUUCUACCUUGUACUUCCUGUAUUCUCUUGUAAAGGGGCACUAGUUUUUCCUUUGGAGGACAUUUAAUGACCAGUAUACAUGUUCAGGGCUGUAGUCUUGACGACGUCCAUCUUGUUUCCUCUCCUCUUCUCAGGGCAGAACUUCAACCUAAGACAACUGGGGAUCUGCGAGCCGUCCACGCGCCGCGGCCUGGCCUUCUGCGCCGAGAUGGGCCUCCCCCACCGCGGCUACUCGGUCGGCGCCGGCUCCGACGUGGACACCGAGAACGAGGGCGUGAUGUCACCGGAGCGCGCCAUGCGGCUGUGGGGCCGUGGGGUGAAGUCGGGCGGCCGGAGCUCGUGCCUGUCCAGCCGGUCCAACUCGGCCCUGACCCUCACCGACACGGAGCACGAAAACAAGUCGGACAGCGAGAAUGGUAAGUCCGGUCGGCGUGCACGACACACCUUUUAUUUCCUCACUUGGCUCGGCCCACCUUCAGGACAGGAGCGUGCACGGCCCAACAUCGUGCACACUCCCCGGCACGUCCACUGA